AUGUAUGCAAAAGAACACCUGUCAUUUGACCCCUGCCAAGCAGAGCAAUGGGUUGACAAGGUGCUGAAGAUACGGCCUCCAGCUUUUACCAGAGAUUCUUCUGUAGUGGCUAAUCUCCUCUGGAAGGACGAGCAAGAGUUCCAGGAGGUACUCUGCUACUGGUCCUCUCGAUUCAGAGCCAUUUUGACAACAAAGCUCGAAAACCCCAUUGACCCUGAGUUCGAGAAUUGUUGGUUGGAGUACAUGUCGGCCAAACAGGGUUUCAUUGUAGCAACUCUUGGCAUGGCAUGCGCCUAUGGGCAUAAAAUGGAUAAGUACCCAGACACUGAGACCUCCACGCUGACACCGGCCAAAGUUCAGCACAUCAAGACCCAGUUGGAGAAUGCUCAGGAUUGUCUCCUUGAAUGUAUCAAGCAUGCUGAGGCCGAGGAAGAGUGGGUCACCCAUGAUUGGCAAGCUUCUCAAAGGUGGCUAAACCGGACUCAAAAAGAUCGGGUUGUAUGA